ACAGCUCGCAGAUUUGUCAAGUAUUGUUGUGUGUUCUUCUCCCUUUGCUCUCGUCAGUGAUCGUAUUGAAAUCAGGUUUUAGUGCUGACAGAAAGAUGUUACAGAAAGACCAGCAGACAUCAGUGAACCUGCUGGACUGCGGGAUGAAGCUGAAAACUGAAAUCACAGAAGCGAGAGAACAGACAGAUGAAGAACUGAUGGAGGUGAAGCAGGAAAAUUCAGAACGGAAUGAAACGGAGGAGAUAAUAACGGGAGAUAAAUCUUUGAGCUACUUCAAUACUGAGAAGAAUUUGUCAUCAUUUCAAGCAGAAACUGCCAAAGAUUCACUUACGUGCCCUCAGUGUGGAAAGACCCUCAGCUGUACAGGCGCUCGUAAUAGGCACAUGAGAACUCAUACUGGAGAGAGACCGUAUGGAUGUGACCAGUGUGGAAAGACUUUAACUAGUAAAGCCAGCCUUAUUGAACACAAGCGAAUUCACACUGGAGAAAGACCUUACACAUGCGACCAGUGUGGAAAAAGUUUUGCGUGGUUGACGGCUCUCAGAGAGCAUCUUCUUUAUCAUUCUGGAGUGAGAUCAUUUCAGUGUGAACAGUGCAGUAAAACAUUCAUUUCUUCAAAUUCCCUGAGAACGCACAUAAAGACUCAUGCAGCUGUGAAGCCUUAUGCCUGUUCCUUCUGUGAAAAGACAUAUUCAUAUCUUAACUCUCUUAAACAGCAUGAGCAAUCGCACACAGGUGGGACAUCUCAUGUGUGCUCUGUGUGUGGAAAAAACUUCACUUCAGUUUCCUCUUUGAAACAGCACCACAGAAUUCAUACCGGAGAGAAACCGUACAAGUGCUCGCAGUGUGGAAAGACUUUCACUCGUAUAAGAAACCUGCGGGACCAUGAGCGACUGCACACUGGUGAGAGACCUUACCACUGCUCCUCGUGUGGGCAGAGUUUUAUAGCAUCAAGUACUCUUUGCACUCACAGGAAAAAGUGGUGUAAAGGGCACCCAAGUUAAUCUUUACGAAAUGGUUGAGAUUGUUUUUUUAUUACUUACUCACUGGCUCUGAGGAUUUGCCAAAGUUGGCCAAGUAACUUUAACUUAUGGGUCAAUGACGUGACGCUCAUUUUUUUUUGUGUCCCUGUAGUUUAGUUACGUUUAAAAGGGUUUACAAUUUUGGCAUGAAUUUGCUAUUUACUUGCGUACAUUCUCUUUUCUGAGGACCAAUACUGAAAUUCAGGGCCCGUAUGUAUAAAGCAUCUUAGAGUAAAUAUUGACUUCUAAGUGUGUCAAAAUUCUAAGAAUGAUGUCAUUUUACUAAGUGUCAUUCAUAAAGGUUCAAAAGAUUAGGUCUCAGCUCCUAAAUUAUUUAAGAGAGCUGAAGAGGUCUCCUAACCUAGGUAAGAGUAACAAGAUGGUAUUAAAGAGGCAGAGACCAUGGACUUUACAACAAAGAAACAAUGUGUUAGAUGACAGUUAAUUAAAUAAUAUAAUAAUAUAAAAUAAUGUUAAAUUAAACAUUUUUUAAGGAUUUGCAGCUUUGGUCUUUUCUUCAUAUCCAGCUGUGAGUGCAAUAUAGAAGGAUGGGAUUCAGCAGCUUAAUUAUUUAAAUUAACUGUUAAAACUCAAUUAAAAGUGUGCUAAGCCAAGCCUAAAUGGAUACAUAUUUGUAAUAUUUUUGAGCAUAAUGUAAAAUAUUUUUUUAAAACUGCAAUGUUUAAUUUCUGCAUCUCUGUCGCCAUCUCUGUUUGAAAAAUGAAAUUGCAUGUUACUUUAUGUAUUUAUCUUCAUAUGGGUUGAAGUCAACCGAUGUUAAAUUUCCCACAAAAUAGUACAGCUCAAUAUAUCAAUCACUAUUAUAAGCUUACCGUUGUAAAUCAGGGGAAGGUAGGCAGACAGUUUUCAACAUUGAUUUUUAUGUAAUACAUAACUCAAUAACUGAAUUUUGGUUUAUUUUACCCAAAUAAGUUAUGGAUUGCAGCUGUAUAUAUAUAUAUAUGCAAAUGUUUAACAAAUAUUGCAAUUUUUCAAAUAUAAAUAUAUAUAUAAAAUAUGGGUGUAAUGUCUGAAUUAAGUCAUGUCUUAAUUCAGUCAUGAAUAAAUGGUGCCAUGCUGCUAUGACUUCACUCUUGCAGGCUCCCUAUUGGGCGGCCAUUUUGUGUUUAAAUCAUUGUAGUCCUUAGUUUACUACACUUAAGUCAGAACUUAAGAAUCAGUACUUAAACUUCACUGAAAGUUGUUUUUAUAUUCUUUAUAAAAGUCUCCUACUCUUAAAAAAGUACUUCUUACUAAGAAUUUUUUGACACUUAAGUCAAAGUUUAAAACUACUCUUAAGAGCAUUUUUGAGAAGUUUUAUACAUCCAGGCCCUGGUUUUAAUUCUUUUCGAGAGAAUAUUUCUGGAAUGAUUGUGGAAAUGUCAAUGUGGUGUAACCGUAAAAACUUGAUACCAAAAAAUAAUCUUGUUUAAAUUCUAAAUAAAACACCAUGGCCUGGUUUCAAAGACGAGGCUUAGCUUAAGCCAGGACUUGGCCUUAGAUAAAUUAUUAUAUUUAAGUCGCUUUUAUAAAAAUGCUUUUGAAAAAACAUUACUGGUGUUCAUCAUGAGACAAAACAAUGACACUGACAUAUCUUAAGAUAUUUCAGGGCAUGUUAUUUUCAUUUAAGACAGCUCAAACAUUCAUUUUAGUUGGUGACUACCCUUAAGCCUUUUCUGUGAAACCGGGCCCAUAUUAGCUAGCUUGGCAUAAUCUUACAUUAGUCCUAUUUAAUAGUAAAUUAAAGUUCUAAAAAGACAAUGUACACUGGGGUCCAAGUCGGAAUGCCUUAAAAUAAAUUAGCUGUGUUUUUAUAUUCCUAGGUGUAAACAAAGCAUUUAAACCACAAAGUCACAGGAGACCACAGAAACCACAGGAGAGUUGAGAGAGAGAAGAGUUUUAUGAAAUUAUUUUUUUAAAUAAUAAGUAGUGGUGGCAAAUGUAUUAUCCGUUUUUAAAAACAAAACAGCAAUGAAUACAAACAGUCAAAUCUGUUGUCCCUUUGGGUACGCCCACGGACAUUUGCACACUUUUCUGGAAACACUUCAGGACGUUCGAAGUCGUCAUCUGAUUGGUUGAAUUUCACAGGAUUUCACGGUCCGCCUGGAAACAACACAAAGCCUUCUGAUCUAAGAAGUAAGCUGUUGUGUUUACAACGGUAGCUAUAAGAAUUCAUCACGAUCGACUAAACGCUUAACUCUUAAAAGUAUGCGAGGUUCAGGGCAUAAACUUAUAAUCAUGUUGUUGCUGUUAACUUUUGACACGAAUGAAUGUACACCGGUCUGUUACUGCAGGGACAUUUCCACGCCCCUAAACACGAUGCUGCACAAAACGAAGCGUGAUUGGCUGCUUUACCUGUCAGUCAUAUGGCCUCUUGGGCGGGCCUUGGCCAAAGAAAGCGGCGAUAAGUUCACGCGAGACUAUCCCUUGGGUUUUUAUCAAUCCUUUAUUAUGAUUUAUGAUUAACAACAAAAAGACAAUAACAACAUUCAUCCUCCACAAUCUGUAGUGAAUUGUACACCAUAGAUUCCGAAUAUAUUACAUAAACAAAUAUAUAAACAAACAAACAAACAAAAGAAGAAAAGAAAGAAACGCUGUAAAAUCACACCGUGAAACCAAAAUCCAUCAACAAAGAAUAUAAAAUAUUUAGCUUUUGUACUAUUCACCUCUUUUAAACAAUUAACAUAUAAAUAAAACUCCUCUUGAAAAACAGUCAACCUAGGGGGGACUUUAAAAAAUGUACAUUCAUGAAUAUAGAAUUUCAAUAAAAGAAGUAUAUUAUUCACCACAAACGAUGUAUCUUUGCUUUUAAUUAUCAAACAAAAUUUUAUAUUUUCACAUGAUAAUGUUAAACUAGCAGGUAUUUUCUGCUGCAUCCAUUCAAAUGCAUCAAUCCAAAAACAAUACACCAAUUUGCACUGAAAAAAUAAAUGUUCCACCGUUUCAACAUCAAUUUUACAUAUUUGACAAACAUCCCUUGGGUAACUGUUAUGGUCAACGAUCUGGGGGGUAUUCCAGAAAGCAGGGUUAAUUUACCGUCAGCUAAACCCUGAACUCUGGGUUGGUUAACCCAAACCUUGUUUACUCUGAGUAUGCCGGUUCCAGAACCCGUUUGAAGAGAUUAAUCAACCUCCCGAAAGUUUACGCGCGCUCACAGAAACAACAUGAAGACAUUGUCAAUGGACAAUGUUACCAUCAAAACGGCCAGGAAGCUUAAAGUUUUUGACUGUCAAACAACGUUAUAAAUCAGAGUUUUUUUUCACAGAAGACUUAAAUCUGCAUCAGUGUAUAAAGUGCGGGAUUAAAAAUCAUAAAAUUAAAUGAUUUAAAUUAUGUGUUUAUAAAAUUAUAAACGCUAUAAAUUAAUUAUUUAAUUAAAUAUAUAAAUAAUUUAAAUAUAUGCACUAUUUUUAUACUAUAAUAUUUUAAAUAUAUACUCAUCAUGGCUCUUUGUUACAUAAACUGUAGAUUUGUUGAGAUGUUUGUAACUGUUAUUUUAACGUGCCUACCAUGGUAUUUUACCAAAAUUGUGUUGUAUUUGAUCACAUUGCUAAUUUUGAAGGCAGUAUUAAACCUCUCUUUUUUCCUUCUCUGUAUGUUCCUUAAAAAAUCGACCUUUAUUUGGUUUUCUGAAAACUGACUUUGCAUUGUAUCAGCUUUAUUUGCAACAGUUGCUGAUGUAGUCAUAUUAACGGAGACUCUUUUAAUUGUAGAAACUGCUACAAUUGUCAUAAUCUUACAAAAAAAAACUUGUUUAACACUUAAGUACACACUAACCAUGAUAAUUAAUUUGCAUUGCAUUAGAGGAUGAAGGUCUGCUGUGACAGAGGUAGAGAAUGAAAUGUUAGGCCCACAGUUACAUGUCCAAUAUGUCAUGUAAUAUAUGCCUUUAAAUUAAUGUAUUUCAAACAUAUCCAUUUUAAGUUUUUGGUUUGACUUUGUUAGCUAAAAGGCCAUAAAAGAGGUGGAAACAGCCUAUCCUGAAAGGCUAAUUGUAAACGCCUUUCAAUACUAAAGUGUAGGAGGAGGCUGAGGAUCAGAAAGACAUUUUUAAGGAAUACAGUCAAUGUGAAAACCGUAAGUCUAAGUUUUUAUGUACUUUUUAUGUAAAUGGAUUUAAAAUUAUAAACUUAAUUUAAAUAUGUGAACAAUAUGCCAUGGUGAUCCCAUUGGGGGUCACCUAUAAUAAAGCCUUGGAAACCUGCCAGCCUGGGAAUCGAACUUGCAAUCUUUUGAGUUUUAAAUCUGGCUCUCUAACUAUUAAUCAAAUAUUGCCUAAUAAGUGGACAAGAGUAAUGACAUGCAAUUGCUCUGGAGUUAUACUUCACUACAAACAUCCUUUAACUGUUGGAAAUUGUAAAGUGUGUAUAUUUAUCCAGUGAUAUUUGGAGAUGUUUUAACAAACCUAAUUCAAAGUAUAUACAGUACUUAAUAUAAACACAUAAAGUUUUACAAUAACAGCUUACAUUAUUUUAUUUAAAGCUUCACUACAGCUACCCAUUUGAAACGGCACCACAGAAUUCAUACCGGAGAGAAAGCGUAAACGUGCUCACAUUGAGGAAAGAGUUUCACUUGGGUACAAAGCCUGCGGGAGCACGAGAGACUGCACACUGGCUAGACACCUUACCAACCAUACCACUAUUUCUUUCGUCAAAUGCUGCUUUUAAACAGCCCUACUGUACCUGAAAAUGGUAAUUCAUUUGUAUCUUCCUUAAAGGGAUUCUCCACCCGAAAAAUGAAAAUUCUGUCAUCGUUUACUCACCCUCAAAUCUGUAUAAAUAUUCUGAUGAACACAAAGAAAGAUAUUUGGAAGAAUGACAGAAUGUUAGCAACUGGGCCAUCAUUGACUACCGUCGUAGGAAAAAUGACUGUAUAAUUUUUUUGUCCUGUUGAAAUGAGAUAUUCUGAAGAAUGUAGGACAGCAAACAGUUCUGGGGCACUUUUGACCAUUGUAGGGGGGGUCAUUUUGGGUGAAGUAUCCCUUUAAUCUGUAUCAUUGUUCUAAUUUUUAAUAACAAGGGAAAAAUCAAACAAAAUAAAAUAAGCAAUUUAAAUUAGAUUUUGGUCAUACUUUUCACCCAUACUUUGGCCUAAAUGGUCGGUCAUUCUUUUUUUUUUUUCUGGACCUAUGAAUAUAGCUUUUGAUUUUACUGCUUAGUAUCAUGCAAAAUAUUUGCAUGAUAAAAAUGUGGAUCAUGAUCCUGCCUGAAAAAAUUGU